CCUGCCGCGCGACCGGAAGUGCGGCUGUCGCCGUGGCAACGCGGCGCUGUUCGCCGGCGGGCGCGGGCGGCCGGGGCUGCAGGUGCCUUGAGAAGCAAUGGCUACAGCAGCUCUGCUGAACUCAGCACCAUCUCAGCUCUGCUUCCCUUCAAGCGCAGCAGCCUCUUCCCUGUGGUCAGACACCACCACCAUGCACGUCACCAGGCCAAAAUCUGCCAAGGGACGCACCAGGUCCAGCUUCAAGUACUCUCAGAGCACGGAAGCCUGUCCUUGCCACGUGCCAUCUUCACCACCACCACCAGCUCCUCACCAGCUAGUGAGCAGCCGGAGAGCAUUGUUCAGGAAACCAGCAUUCCCAUCCAGCCAGGUGUGUCCCAAGGAGAUCCCAGAGCUCCUGCAGCACGUGCCUUUGAGGACCUCCUCUUCCCUGAACAAGUACAGGGUGCUCCCCUCCAUCGGCUUCAAGGGCACAGGGAGCAGCACUGUGGAAGCAGUGGCUGAACAGAUCAACCGGCUGAAGGUGAGUGGGAAGCGGGAGGACAUCCCAAAAGGCAACACUCUUUCUGGAAAGCAAGAAUCUGCCAGCAUGUCAUUGGAGAGCUCACACAAGCAAUGUCCUCCUGAGAAGCCAGGAUGCAAAAUGAGCCCUUCGGCAUCAACUUUGGGAGGUUUGGAAGAGCUGCCAAAGGAAGAGUCACGCUUGCUGCUUGCUGUUCGCUCGCCCUCUGGGCAGAGGUUUGAACAUCAUUUCCAGCCCACUGACAGUCUCCAGACGGUCCUUGCCAUGGCAGAGCAGAAAACAUCAGCCAAAUACAAGCAUUGCAGUGUUGAAACGAUGGAGGUGCCCUGCAGGAGUUUCUCUGACCUGACGAGGUCUCUCCAUGAAUGUGGGAUCCUGCACAAGUCCGUGCUGUGCAUCCGACAGAAGGAGCAGCACGAUGCUGAUCUUUAGGGUCCUUCUGCUGGGUGGGAUGCAGCACUUCAUCUGACAAAUAAGAGUUUGAUGUUUCCUGGGCCUUCUUCAUCUUGUCACCUUCCAAACCCUCCCUGUGAAGCAGACUUGUGUAUAUGUCUUGAGAUGUUGUUUGAGGUGUAUGUACCUGCUACGUCAACAGCACUUUUCUUCACGUGUGCCAUCACAAAUUGCUUUCUGAGUGUCACCACCUUUGUUCGUUGGAAGUUGCU